AUGGACAACUAUCCCUCUCUUGACGCCGACAGAAGACUCUUUGUUCACAAAGCUCAAGCUACGGAUUUACUUGCUGAAAUCGAAGGCAUCAAGGGUUUCAGCGUUCUCGCUCUCGAUUGGGUCGCUGAGGACGAAGUACCUACUCUUUCGAUUGAGCAUCUGGGAAACCCCUCCAGUACAGACUCGCUCACUGCACGAGUUGCUUGGAAUGUUGGUCAGAACAAGCUCGUCGGUGAUGCAGUUCGUCGCUCAGCGGCGAAGUUCCCAUUGAAAGUUAUUUUGCAUCAGUCUCAGAGUCUACUCGCAAGAUUGCUACUGAUAAUGAGAAACUGGCCGGACACCUUGUCGGCAUGGCGAGAGAAGAAGCAGGAUCCCGAUGCAUAUGCCAUCAAUCUUGUAAAGCACAAGGAGGUCUUCCGCAAGCUCAUGGAACACGCCAUUUCCCUCAUCGUUGUCGACGAAGCUGCCCAGUUGGCCGAAAACUUGUCACUCGCAAAGAACAAAUACCAGUACUUGUUGAAUGAGGUUACAGCCGCUGAACUUCCCAAGUCACUUGUCGAUGUUCGUACCAUUAUUGAUGACUCUUUCAGUCCCGAGGCUGACCAAGUCUUUAUCGAUCUCAUUUGA